UUAAAAUGUGGUACGCAAUUUUUAUCAUCGGUGCGAUUUUAAGCCUCGCGAUUAUCUGGUCAAUAUUGCAGAAGAAUAGAUUCUCGAAGAACAUCGAUGUAAUACGACCGUGGUAUCCUUUAGUUGGUAAUCUGCUCAUGCUCAUAGGAAAGGACGAUAUACAAAAAUUUCAGAUCAUUUUACGAGAAUUCAAUCGUGAAGCUAAGCUGUUCCUGGGCUACUUGGGGCCCAUUCCGAUAUUUUUCACUGGAGAUCCCGACAUGGCCCAACAAAUAUUGACCGACUUUAUUGAUAAACCGUACCUGUACGAUUUCAUUAAGGUGAAAAACGGAGUGUUCACUACGAAAGCACAUAUUUGGAAAGACCAGAGAAAGGCGCUUUCGCCUGCAUUUAAUACGAGAAUUCUGGCCAGUUACUUGUCAAUUUUCACCAACCGAUCCAAAAAUAUGAUAAGGAGACUGGAACCGAUGGCAGUUACUGGGGAAACGUUCAACAUCUUAGAUUAUGCUACCACUUGCGCAUUGGAAAUGGUCUGUGAAACGACAUUGGGUUUCGAUUCGAGCGCUUUUAACAGAAUCGAAGAAUUUGGUGCUGGAAUUCAUAGAGUAUUCUCCAUGGCAGCAAGAAGGCUAUUGAAGGUUCAUCAUCAUUUUGAUUUUAUUUAUCGUUGGAAUGAGGACUGCCGUGAAGAAAAAACUUUGCGUGAAUAUUUGACAGCCUACGUGAUGCAGGUCUACGAAGAUGCUCACGAUCGAUACUCGAAAGGUUUAAUGAACAAUAUUGCCGAUGUUGAUGAGAAUCAGUGCUUUCGAAAGCCACAAACUUUUGUCAACCAAUUAUUCACCAGCACCAUUCGGAAAUUCGAACGAGAUGAAAUAAUCGACAAUAUUCAGACUAUGAUAGGCGCUGGGACGGACACUUCGGCCAUCGCAAUAGCGUACACCUUGCUGCAAUUGGCAAUGGACUCACACUACCAGCAAAAGGUGUACGAAGAAAUCAUGCAAGUCUUUCCAGAAAAGGAACCGAACAUCACCAUGGAGGGGUUGAAACAACUUCAACUCACGGAAAUGGUUCUGAAUGAGACCCUUCGUCUGUAUCCGGUAGCGCCGACAGUGAUGCGUGAAAAUAAGGCCAAAACGACUCUAUGCGGCCAACAGUUACCGAAGGGAUGCAUGUUCGCAAUUAAUAUCUUCACCAUUCAUCGACGCAAAGACCUUUGGGGACCCGAUGCGGACUGUUUCAAUCCUGAGCGGUUUUCACCGGAGAGGUCAGCUGGAAGACACCCUUUUGCAUUUUUGGGAUUCAGUGGGGGACCUCGGAAUUGCCUGGCAAGUCGUUAUGCGAUGAUAAGCAUAAAGAUAGUGAUUGUAUUCCUGAUGAAAAGCUUUCGAUUCAAAACCAAUAUACGAAAAGAAGACAUCCGGUUCAAAUAUGACGCGUUUUUGCGCAUAGCAGGAGGUCAUAUGGUACAAAUAGAGAAACGAUUAAGUAUUUCAAUUAAAAUGUGGUACGCAAUUUUGGUUAUCGGAGCGGUUUUAAGUAUCGCGAUAAUCUGGUCAAUAGUGCAGAAGAAUAGCUUCUCGAAGAACAUCGAUGUGUUACAACCGUGGUAUCCAUUAGUUGGUAAUAUGUUCAUGCUCAUAGGAAAGGAUGAUCUGCAAAAAUUUGAGAUCAUUUCUCGAGAAUGCAGUCGUGCAGGUAAACUGUUCCAGUUCUACAUGGGGCCCAAGCCGAUAUUUUGCACUGGAGAUCCCGACAUAGCCAAGCAAAUAUUGACCGACGCCAAUUGUGUUGAUAAACCGUACAUCUACGAUUUCUUAAUGUUGAACAAAGGAGUGUUCGCAGCAAAAACACAUCUUUGGAAAGACCAGAGAAGAGCGCUUUUACCUGCAUUUAAUACGAGAAUUCUGGCCAGUUUCUUGUCAAUUUUCACUAACCGAUCCAAGAAUAUGAUAAGGAGACUGGAAUCGGUGGCAGCUACUGGAGAAACAUUUGAUAUCUUACAUUAUGCUACCACUUGCGCAUUGGAAAUGGUUUGUGAAACGACAAUGGGUUUCGAUUCGAGCGUUUUCAACAGUACUUAUGAAUUUUCUGCUGGAAUUGAACGUGCACUUUUUAUUGCAGCAAGAAGAGUGUUGAAGUUUCAUUAUCAUUUAGAUUUUAUCUACCGUUGGUCUGAGGACUAUCGUGAAGAGCGAACUGUACGUGGAUAUUUGACAGAUCAAGUGAUGCAGGUCUACAAUGAUGCACACGAUCGAUACUCGAAAGGUUUAAUGAAUAAAACUGCUGACGUUGAUGGGAAUCGAUGCUUUCGAAAGCCACAAAUUUUCAUUAACGAAUUAUUCACCAGCACCAUUCGGAAAUUCGAACAAGAGGAAAUAAUCGACAAUAUUCAGACUAUGAUAGCUGGAGGAACGGACACUUCCGCCAACGCAAUAGCGUUCACCUUGCUGCAAUUGGCAAUGGACUCGCACUACCAGCAAAAGGUGUACGAAGAAAUCAUGCAAAUCUUCCCCGGAGAGGAACCCAACAUCUCCAUGGAGGGGUUGAGACAACUUCAACUCACGGGAAUGGUGCUGAAUGAGAUCCUUCGUCUAUAUCCAGUAGGGCCGAUAGUGUUGCGCGAAAACACGGCCAAAAUGACUUUAUGCGACCAACAGCUGCCGAAGGGAAGCAUGUUAGCAAUCCACAUCUUCACCAUUCAUCGACGGAAAGACCUAUGGGGACCCGAUGCGGACUGCUUCAAUCCUGAGCGGUUUUCACCGGAAAAAUCUGCUGGAAGACACCCUUUUGCAUUUUUGGCAUUCAGUGGGGGAUCUAGGAAUUGUCUAGGAAUUCGUUAUGCAAUGAUAAGCAUGAAAAUAAUGCUGGUUUAUCUGAUGAAGAGCUUUCGGUUCAAAACCAACAUUCGACAGGAAGACAUUCGCUUCCGAUUCGACACAGUUUUGCGCAUAGCAGGAGGUCAUAUGAUACAAAUAGAGAAACGAUAGAAGCAGAAUAAUCAAAUUUUUUAAUGUACCUUCUUAUUUUCAAAUUCGGUUGCCAGUUUGCACUAAAUAAAGUAGAUGAGCUUUUUUCUGAUAUUUUGAUUAUUUUAUUUUAGGCAAGGGUGUCUAACAGCAGACUAUAGGGUACUGCAGGGACGAAUCUCUUUCUCUUUUCGUGUUAAUGAAAGUUAGAAAGCAACAAGGCCAGUAACUGGCAAUUUUGACAUUUGGUGGCCCUGCUUUAUAAUUUUUUUAUAUAAGCUCGUCCGUGCAGUGCUCUAUGGCGGUGAAUUUCAAUCGAAAUAAAGUCGAUUUUUAUUAGAAGGUGCUA